GGCGGCGCCGGCCUGGCCUGGCUGAGGGGAGGCGGCGGGCUGGCGCGAUGGCGGAGGCCGGGCCACAGGCGCCGCCGCCCCCAGGAACCCCAAGCCGGCACGAGAAGAGCCUGGGACUUCUCACCACCAAGUUCGUGUCUCUUCUGCAGGAGGCCAAGGACGGCGUGCUUGACCUCAAGCUGGCAGCUGACACCCUAGCUGUGCGCCAGAAGCGGCGGAUUUACGAUAUUACUAAUGUACUGGAGGGUAUCGGGCUGAUCGAGAAAAAAUCCAAGAACAGCAUCCAGUGGAAGGGCGUGGGUCCUGGCUGCAAUACCCGGGAGAUUGCGGAUAAGCUGAUUGAGCUCAAGGCAGAGAUCGAGGAGCUGCAGCAGCGGGAACAAGAACUGGACCAGCACAAGGUGUGGGUGCAGCAGAGCAUCCGGAACGUCACAGAGGACGUGCAGAACAGCUACUUGGCCUACGUGACUCACGAGGACAUCUGCAGAUGCUUUGCUGGAGAUACCCUCCUGGCCAUCCGGGCCCCGUCAGGCACCAGCCUGGAGGUGCCCAUCCCAGAGGGCCUCAAUGGGCAGAAGAAGUACCAGAUUCACCUGAAGAGUGUGAGUGGGCCCAUUGAGGUGCUGCUGGUGAACAAGGAGGCAUGGAGCUCACCACCUGUGGCCGUGCCUGUACCACCACCCGAAGAUCUGCUCCAGGGCCCACCUGCUGUCUCUACUCCUCCGCCUCUGCCCAAGCCUACCCUGGCCCAGGCUCAGGAAGCCUCACGCCCAAGCAGUCCCCAGCUGGCCAUGCCUGCCCCUGUCCCCAGCAGCGUCGAGGCCCAGGGGGUGGCCAGCCCAGUAGCUGAGAGCACAGUGAGAGGUGGCCCUGGAACUGAUAGCAAGGACAGUGGUGAGCUCAGCUCACUCCCUCUGGGCCCGACAGCACUGGACACCCGGCCACUGCAGUCUUCUGCCCUGCUGGACAGCAGCAGCAAUAGCAGUUCAUCUGGAUCCAACCCUUCUACCUCCUUUGAGCCUAUCAAAGCGGACUCCACAGGUGUUCUGGAACUCCCCAAAGAGCUGUCAGAGAUCUUUGAUCCUACACCAGAGUGCAUGAGCUCAGAGCUGCUGGAGGAACUGAUGUCCUCAGAAGUGCUCUCUGCAGUGUUUGCCCCCCUCCUCCGUCUUUCUCCGCCCCCUGGAGACCAUGAUUACAUCUACAACCUGGACGAGAGUGAAGGUGUCUGUGACCUCUUUGAUGUGCCUGUUCUCAACCUCUGACUGACAGGGACUUGCCCUGUGUGGCUGGACACAGACUACCUGACCUGGGGGACCUUCCCCCACCCUACACCUACACAGCCACAGGCUCCUGGCUUCCCCAGCCUUCCCGCACCGCACAGUUCAGGCCGCGACUCCCACCCCUGCCUCCUGCACUUGCACCUGUACUGUGCUAGGAGAGCAGGGGAACGCGCUCAGCCCCUCCAUCCUGGAGCCAAAAUGUUCACCUCUCCUUCCCUGGAGCCUGGUGACACAGAACCUCAGACCCACCCUCAACCCAAUAGGGCAGCUUGUUCAGUCCCAUUGCCCUGCUCCUGACAGCCCCUUGCUCCCAAGGAGGGAAGGGUAGGGUGGAGCUGGGGGCUUACCAGCACCACCCCUAGCCUUUGCUGCCGCCCACCCGUGACCCUACGGCUCCUCCUGACCUCUUGUAUGCCCCCCUUCUGCUUGGCCCUAGCCCCGAGAACCUGUAGGUGCUGGUAGGGGCUCACCAGAAGGAACAGAGGUCUCUAGAUAGUAAUUUGGUGGGUCGGUCCUUGAGGAUAGCCCCUUCGUUUGUUCAUUUCUCCUCAGUUAGAGCCACUUGCAGAGAUUUAGAAAGAUUUACAGUAAGGAAUGGAUUCUUAUAUAAAGAUUAUUUUUAUACUUUUUGCAGCAAAAGGAAAUUGUAAUAUUUGUACAGUGUCCAAGUGAAUAAAGACCAUGCCUAAGGCUAUCUCUGAUCGGGUUUUUUUUCCGGGUCUCCUCCCUGGCACUGCUGAAUUGCUGGUGGGACUGGGUGGGUCAACUUUGCAGCAGCAAGAGGUGUGGCGGCCGCUGGCAGUUUGCCCUCCCCGCCCCCACCUGCCGCACCUUGGCGCGGGGCGGGGCUGUCUCAGCGGG